AUGGACAAGGGUCAUGGUUUCUGCAGGGCCAAAUACGGUACUCUUCUCAAGAGUUAUGGGACGGGUGUCAGCGGGGAGAGAGAAGCUUGCAGCUGCGGGUCCCUCUCCGGCUUGCUCAGCAGCCUGCUCAGCGGCUUCAUAGGCAGCUUCUAUUGGCUGUUAGUAUUGGACUCGGUAUCAACAUUUGUAUGCACAGCAAAGAAGGCAAAAUGGGCUUCGCCCACUACACACGUCCGCGACCUAUUUAAGGAUUUCGAUCCCGCACUCGUGGCCGCCUGCGACAGCAUCGACUCUCGUAUGGUAUGGAUUCUAGAGAAGUACACCAGGGAACUCGACACACCUGAGGCCCACCAAACCCUACGUACCUACAGUGACAGCUUGGAGAAAUGCCACGCAUACGAUGAACACAUGAACGCUAGCGAGAAUUAG